CGACGACGAUGGUGUCUGCCGUGACGGCGUACCUGUGCUUGAUCAUCACCCUGUUGGCCGUCGCCACCUAUGCGUUCUACGUCACGUACCUCUCGCCUGUGAACACGAUCAACGCCUACAUCAGGUAUAUUAUUUAUGUCUUCUUCCAUGGUGGUUGCCACACGGUUCAACCGUCAUCGUAACUAGUGCCAAGAAGACGCAAACUCCAUGGGCAUUGGGCUGGUGCAUGUUUGCCUCGGGCGUUGGCUCGUGGGCGUUGUACGCGUUCCCUGACACGGCGGUCCAAGUAGGCUCGUGGGGCAUCAUCGGUUACUGGCUGUCGAUUGUGCUCGGAUAUGGUGUCUUGGCCAUCGCUGGUCCCGCCAUCGCCGAAGAAUUGGGCGACGGGGUUACGUUGAGCGACUACGCUGGCAACCGCUUUGGCACGCCGCAAAAGCUGUACGUGCUGCUCAUCGCGUUGUUUUACCAGUUGAUUUCGAUUGCUGCUGAAUUGACGGCCAUCGGGGGACUCAUGGUGCUGCUCGCACCUGAUGUGAGCAAGGCGUGGGCCAUCAUUAUCGUGUCUGUCAUCACGUGUUCUUACACCCUGUUCGGCGGGAUCAAGGCCAGCAUCGCCACCGACGCCAUCAAGGGUGGGUUCGUGCUUCUCUUGGUCGUGAUCAUCUGCAUCGCUGCGUUCUCAUACACGGCGCUGCCCGUCGAUGCGUUUGCCACCACCGGCGUCGCGGCGUUCACGACCACCGGGUUCGAGGCCGUGUUCACGCUCACAAUCGCGAUCGUGUCGUCCAACUUGUUCCUCACGGGGUUCUGGCUGCGUACGUUUGCCGCCAAGAACAACGCCGACCUGCGCAAGGCGUGUGCCUACGCCGCACUGGCGGCCACCCCGUUCAUCGUGCUCUUGGGCGUGGUCGGGUUCAUGGGGUUCAUCAUGCACCCCGAAGCUCCAGUGUUUGACGGCGGGUUCUUCUUCUACAUCCUGCUCGAUAUGCCCGAAGCAUGGAGCGUUCUCGUGCUCAUCGUCGUCGCGGCCCUCGUCAGUUCCACGGCGGACACGGUCCAAACCGGCAUGAGUGCCGAAAUCCUAUCGCAUUUUCAAUCCCGGCUCUCGCUCACGACAGCGCGCCUCAUCUCCGUUGUGAUCAACAUUCCCGCGAUCUUCAUUGCACUCACCGACACGAGCGUGCUCAAGUUGUUUUUGAUCGCUGACUUGCUAUGUGCGGCGACGGUGGGCCCCAUUUUCCUGGGGAUCUGGAAGCGCACCCACCCGUGGGCCGUCUUGGCCGGUUGCGUGAGCGGGCUCGUCACGAUUUUUGUGUCAGGGUGGACUCGUGAAGGUAACUUUGUCGACGGGUUCAAGGAGUUUGUGCUCGAAGAAGGUCUGUUUACGACGCACAGCAUGGUGCUGUUCAUUCUCACGCUCGUCAUUCCCAUCGUGGUGACCGUGGGCUUGACGUUCGCGCUGCCACCUGCUCCCAAGCGCCGCACACCCCAGAACGACCACGCUGACUUGUUGGUCGAUGCUCCUGUCAACCACACCAGCGACCACCACUUCGAAGCCACCAAGUCGCCGGCCGUCGUCUAAGGUGUAUCAGCAGCUUGUGCAUAUUUCUCUGUUGAAUACACAUUCCGACGCAAAGUAUAUUGUAUAUAUAUUGUGUUGACGACAUCGAGUUAUUGGUGCAAAUGCGGCCACUGCGACUUGUUGGCGACCACGAACGACUCAAACGAGAUGGGCGGACGGCCGAGGAUGGACUCCACCGUCGACGUCACUUCGGACUCGCCCCCAGCUUCGUAGUACUUGGACAAGUUGAUGAUUUCACGGAUUUCAUCUGGGUUUUUGCCUACGAACGUCCAGUGAAACAAUAUGUUCGAGUGGGGUGCUCACUUGUACCUCGAACCCAC